CGAUAUUUCGAUUCGAUUCGAUUCGAUUCGAUUCGAUAAUACGUAGCCAUCUACUGGUCGAAUUGUGCACCAAUCGUGUAACAGAACGGUGUUGUACACAUAUAGUCGGAGUAGUAGUGUUUAUUCAGAAAAGAGAAUGAAUAUAUCCUCCCUUUUACGACCAGCACAAUCUGCGUUAUCCUUACAUAGGAAAUUGAAUUGUUGGACAGCAGCAAUAACAAAGAAGCAUAGAAAACUUUAUUUAAAUACUUUUCCUGUGUAUCUUGUUUUAUCAGAUGGCAGUAGUAUUAAUAUCGAAUACCAUGAACCAAGAAGGAUAAUUACUCUUCCUAUCGACAUUACGUCUCUUACCGAAGAAGAGAGACGAAUUAGAUUGGAAAAACGUAGGACCGUAACUAAAACAAAAAUAGUUGAAGAAUACCAAGAUGAGUUUGAUGAAACUCAAUUCUAUUAAACUAUUAAACUACUUAUAUAUUCUAUUAAACUAUUCUAUUUACCCAACUGUAUCGUUUUCUAAAUAUUGCACAUGGAAUUCACAUUAUAGUUUUAUAUUAUAAUCGUUUAGCUUUUUGCAUGUUUAUUUUUGAUUAUAUAUAGAUCCAGUACAGUAAAUAAAUCAAAGUAUAUAAAAUGAUCUGUACUAUAAAAACACAUCAUGUACAUAUUGAAUGUAAUUUAAUAAAAUAAUAACUGUAUUUGGAUGUAA